AUGGACGCUGGUAUCGUGUCACGUGACGAGGAUACUGUUGUAUUUUCUGUAGUAGACGAAGCAGUAGUUGAUGGAGUUGGUGUGACGGUAGAUGACUGUGUCGUGGUUGCGGUAGAUGACUGUGUCGUGAUGACUGUCAACGAUGCAUUUCUUGGUGUUGUCGGUCUGAUGAGUAAGAACAAACACGAGAAAGAGGCAGAAGACGAAACAGAGAAGGAAGUAGAAGCAGAAGAAGAAACAAAACAGGAGGAAGGGGUAGAAGACGAAACAGAUGAGAAAGAAGAAGUAGAAACAGAGGAGGAAGUAAAAGCAGAAGAAGAAACAGAGGAGGAAGAAGUAGUAGAAGAUGAAGAACAGGAACAAGAAGUAGAAGAAGAACCAGAUAAGAAGAAACAGAGGCGGGAAAAAGUAGAAAAAGAAACAGAUGAGAAAAAAGUAGAAGAAACAGAGGCGGAAAAAGAUGUAGAAGAAGAGACAGAUGAGAAAGAAGAAGAAACAGAGGAGGAAGAAGUCGGAGAAACAGAGGAGAAAACAGAAGAAGAAACAAAGGAGGAAGAAAUAGAAGAAACAGAGGAGGAAAAAGUCGGAGAAACCGAGGCGAAAAUAGAAGAAGAAACAGAAGAGGAAAUACAAGAAUCAGAGGAGGAAGAAGUAGAAAGAGAAACAGAAGAGGAAAUACAAGAAACAGAGGAGGAAGAAGUAGAAGAAAAAACAGAAGAGAAAAUACAAGAAACAGAGGAGGAAGAAGUAGAAGAAGAAACAGAAGAGGAAGAAGUAGAAGAAGAAACAGAAGAGGUAAUACAAGAAUCAGAGGAGGAAGAAGUAGAAGAAGAAACAGAAGAGGAAAUACAAGAAACAGAGGAGGAAGAAGUAGAAGAAGAAACACAAGAGGAAAUACAAGAAUCAGAGGAGGAAGAAGUAGAAGAAGAAACAGAAGAGGAAAUACAAGAAUCAGAGGAGGAAGAAGUAGAAGAAGAAACAGAAGAGGAAAUACAAGAAUCAGAGGAGGAGGAAGAAGUAGAAGAAGAAACAGAAGAGGAAAUACAAGAAUCAGAGGAGGAAGAAGUAGAAGAAAAAGGACGCUGA